AUAAAAGCGCAAACAACACCACUGACGGACGGGCAGCUGCUUUCCUGCUUACCUCUUCGACCUCAAUCAACUAUCACAAUGGCGGAAAAGCGCGUUUGUCUGGCCUACUCUGGCGGUUUGGAUACUUCUGUUAUCCUGGCUUGGCUCAUUGAGCAGGGCUACACCGUUGUUGCGUUCCUAGCAGAUGUGGGACAAAAUGAGGACUGGGACGCAGUCAAGGCCAAGGCCGAGAAGAUUGGUGCCGAACGCAUGAUCAUCCAGGAUCUUCAGCAGGAGCUUGUCGAGGAGCUUGUUUGGCCCGCAGUGCAAUGCAAUGCCAUCUACGAAGAUGCCUACCUCUUGGGAACGUCAUUGGCCAGGCCUGUCAUUGCGAGGGCGAUGAUGAAAGUGGCUAAGCAGUACAACUGUGAAUUCUUGAGCCAUGGAUGCACAGGAAAAGGAAAUGACCAGGUCCGAUUCGAGCUGGCAUGGAAGGCCCUCGAUCAGAAGACGAAGACGAUCAUCCCUUGGCGCAUUCCCGAGUUUUGCGAGCGAUUCGCCGGACGUCAAGCACUCUUGGACUUUGCUGAAUCAAAGGGCGUUCCUGUGACGUCGACCAAGGCGAAGCCGUUCUCGAUGGAUGCCAACCUUAUCCACUGCUCUUACGAGGCAGGCCUCCUCGAGCAACCCGAGCUCGAGCCGCCUGCUGACAUGUGGACAAUGACAGUUGACCCCAUGAAGGCUCCUGACGAGCCCACCAGGUUUACCAUCCACUUCGAGAAGGGCAUUCCCAUCAAGCUCGAGGUCGGUGACAAGGUCAUCACUGGCUCACUGGAAAUCUUCAAGGCCGCCAACGAGAUCGGCCGAGCCAACGGAGUUGGCCGUGUCGACAUUGUCGAGUCAAGGUUCAUCGGUCUCAAGAGCCGUGGCUGCUACGACACCCCCGGCUUGACGAUCCUGCGCACCGCCCACCGAGAUCUCGAGGGUCUUGUCAUGGACUCCAAGGUCCGUUUCAUCCGUGACCAGAUGGUCACCGCCAACUGGUCCGCCUGCCUCUACAACGGCAUGUACUUCAGCCCAGAGCGCGAGUUCCUCCACAACUCCAUCAUCUUCAGCCAGAGGCACGUCGAGGGCAAGGUCAACAUGGUUGCCUACAAGGGCAACGCAUUCGUUGUCGGACGCUCCAGCGAGACCUCUAACCUUUACUCCGAGACUGAGUCCUCCAUGGACACUCUUGAGGGCUUCUCCCCAAUGGACACGAGCGGCUUCAUUGCUAUCCAGGCUAUCCGCCUGGAAAAGUAUGGUGCCCGCAAGAUCAGGGACGGCGAGCCUCUUGCCCCUGUCUAAAUGUAGAUGGCAUAAUGCAAGCAAAAAGUAAUGAAGGGGUUUUCACCUAUCUUGAGAACAAACAUGAAUG